CUGAACGAUAGAACAACGCAACAGAUAAUAAAAUGGAGGUUUUGGCUAGUGUGUUCUUGCUUGUAGUGUUUCUGCAGUCCUGCUCUACUCAGUAUCCUGGUGCAGAUAUUCCAGUGUAUCUCUCGCUGAUCAGCGGUCACUAUAGUAACGAGCAAGACCUGAUUCGUCUUGAAGACAAUGAAAUCAAGACAAAACAGAGCCUUGUCAAUGUCUACUUAAGGGUCCUCCAGAUACCAGCUCUUGAUUGGAACUAUGUUGUGUACAUAGAGAAGUACGUGGACGAUGUGCUGGACCUGCAGCAAAUUUUACAUUACACUGAAGUGAACGAUGUGAUCCUUGCGGAGCAGUACAACUUUACACAUCCCGAGGAUUUCGUUCCUGGCAAGUUUGACAUUUCUCAACUGGAGACACUUAAAGAGGAGGACCUGACCACGAGGAAAGGAUGUGUUAGCAUUUGCAGACGAAUUGAGGAAGCUGUGUACAUUAUGCAGUGGCCAGAUUGUUCAGCGUAUGGAGAGAUAUCGUCCAGGUACAGCAUUACCUUCACCUGUUCAGGAUCAAGUUAUAUAGUUACACCUAACAAUUUCAUAGAAGGUCCUAGUAAAUUGCCAUAUAAAUUCAAUAAAGUUAAAAGCUACCCAGUAUCUCCUGAAAUAAUCCCUAACUACGAGGCUUUGCUGAAGAAGUUGUGUGGAUAGUCCAGAAAUAAUGAAUCUGGAAGUAUAGCAAGCAUUACUAAAUACACGGAUUUCUUUCCAGCAGUCGGUUUCCUUACCGUCUGUCUAAAGUGUCGUAAUGGUGUUUGAGUGUGUGUGUAUCUUUAUCUUCGUCUUCUUUAUAGUCAACUCGAUUCAUGCAGAUUGAAUAGACACAUUCCAUACGUUUUUGUUACGAUUAGACUUUCAAUCUACUAUAUAUAUAUAUUAGCAAAAAUACCAUUCAUUAAUCACGAGAUCUCUUAAACUAUGGUAGGUAUCCGCAUCAAAUUUUGUUCACAGGUUCCCUGUACCAACUAGGUGCUCACUAAGAACGUUUUUUGACAGAUUCUCAUUCUGACGACAUUCAUUCGCGAAAAAACCGCAAGCUCAAUCAAACCUUUGUAUUUUAUUUUCGGUAUUUACCCAAAAAGCCGCUGUCUAUUUAAAAACGUUUUUUUUUUAAAAGCCACAAAUUUUGUAUUUUUAAACUAAUUUCCCCCCAAGUCUACUUAGUUUUAAUAUGUCGUACGUUACUUCCAGUUCCUUUUCGACGCGGGUCUAUACAAGAAAACAAACAAGAACACAAUUCUAAUGGCAUUAAUCAGAUUUAUCUAAAGCAGGGGUGUGUUACAUGUGAGAGUGUGUGUGUCUUUGUUUAUUGUUUAUUUUAUUAGUUAUGAGUAUUAAACUGUUUUAUCACGGGUUUCUCAAGGCGGUUAAUAGGUAUCCAGUGGUCAGUUGGAGAGCUGACCUUGUCUGAGUAGGGUGUUGAUGGUUGUUUUUGGUUAUAGUAUUCUUUUUAUAUGUGUGUAUUGAAUAUUCUGGUAAUUCUAUGGUGUUUGAUGAUACCCUUAAGAUAAUAAUUAUUAUUGAAUCUAGUCUAAGAGCUCUUGGAUAUUUAAUUU